AACACGGGCCUCGCACUCACCGUUCCGCCUUUUCGCUAUUGGAGGAAAAAAUCCGAGAGUCCAAAGGGAAGCCUGCAGCGAGCGAGAGACUUGUCCACAGAUUUCACGAUUCGUUUCGAGUUAGUCCAGAGCCUGUCAUGCGUGUCGCUGUGGUCGGAGCAGGGGUCAUAGGUCUGUCCACAGCCCUCUGCAUCCAUGAACAAUACAGUUCAGCUGGUCUGGAAGUGGAGGUCUAUGCCGACACCUUCACGCCACACACCACCAGUGACGGAGCAGCCGGUCUCUGGCAGCCCUAUGUGGACGACAAGGGAAAUAUCCAAGAGACCUUCUGGAACAAAGAGACUUUUGACUAUCUGCUCCAGCAUCUUAACUCACCUGAAGCCAAAGAGAUGGGCUUGUUUCUGAUCUCGGGAUACAAUCUCUUCACAGAGCCAGUUCCAGAGCCAUCAUGGAAAGAAAUCGUCUUGGGAUUCCGGCAUUUGUCCCCAAAGGAGCUGGAACUCUUUCCUGGCUACAGCUAUGGCUGGUUUAACACAGCCCUGAUCCUGGAGGGUAAAAGCUACUUACCAUGGCUUACAAACAGGCUGAAGCUACGGGGAGUCAAGUUCUUCCAUCGGAAAAUCCAGUCCUUCCAGGAGUUGACAGCUCAAGGCGUUGAUGUCAUUAUCAACUGCACGGGGAUUCGGGCCGGAGAACUGCAGCCGGAUCCUGAGCUGUGCCCAGGCCGUGGGCAAAUCAUCAAGGUGGAGGCUCCCUGGGUCAAGCAUUUCAUCAUCACUCACCGGGAAUCCGAAGUCUACACCACCCCAUACGUCAUCCCUGGGAGCAACACGGUGACCUUGGGUGGCAUCUUCCAGCUGGGAAACUGGAGCCAUGAGAACAGCCCGGUGGACCGUCAAUACAUCUGGCAAAGUUGCUGCAAGCUAAUGCCCAGCCUUCAGAAAGCCAAGAUCCUCAGCGAAUGGAAUGGGUUUCGCCCGGUGCGGACAAAGGUUCGCUUGGAGCACGAGAUGGUUCGCCAUGGAACAUCAACAUCCGAGGUCAUCCACAACUACGGCCACGGAGGCUUCGGGCUCACCAUCCACUGGGGCUGUGCCAUGGAGGCUGCCCGCUUGUUUGGGAACAUCCUGAACGGCAAGACGGUGAUAAAAGCGUCCCGAUCCAACCUCUGAGGUCCUUUGUGGUGCCCCCGAAAUUUUGGUGCGGAAUCCAGCGUCCAAAUGGUUGUCUCAUCGGACGAAGACAUUGAAGAAUAAAUUACGACAAACUCAGCAGUAAUACAGAAACCUCACCUUCAACAGGAACACUUGAGAAAUUGUACAUUCAAACACAGUAGAGACAUUCAAGCGUUCGUUGUUUGUUUUCUGGCAAGCGCGGAGGAGGAACACCAAGAGCAUCCUUCACAAUGUGGAGAAGCUCUUUCCCGUCAUCAAAUGCCGUGGUGAAGUCCAAUCCCAAAAGACUCAACUGUACUUUUAUAAUAAAUAAAUAAAUAAGAAUAAAAUAAAUAAAUAAUAAUACUUCAUCCCAAGGGAUACAAUGAACUGCAAAAUCUUUGCCGGUGAUUGUUAUAUACAGUGAUGAUUCUCGGCACAACCUAAGACCCAAUCAAGAGAGGGAGGUGAGAACCAGAUUGUCUGCAUACAUCCCAUACUAAUCUCACCAGGAACAGAGUUGAUUUGUACAGGUGAAUGUUUAACAAGGAAUUUAAUUGUG